UCAUUAAUAUAUGUCUAUAAAUAGAUGGGAUUGCAUGUCCUCAAACAUAUAUCUCUGCAAAAUCUGCAGCAAAUUAACAUACUAUAUUUACUUAAUUACUCAUAUAGUGCGAUUUAAUAUUCAUCUUCUGAACUUAAAAGAAAUUAUAUAAAUUAGCAAUCAAAUUUGAAUGGCUGAAGAACAGUUUUCCGAGUUGGUCAAUUAUGAAUGCAGCAUCAAGAAGAAUCUAGUGAUCAUCAGUGAGAAGGCCGAAAGUGAAAAAGGUGAAAUAUCUGAUGAUGAGAAGGUGAUUUGUGAAGUGCAAAAUGGGCAUGAUGGCAAUAGCUGCUGCUUUGAUCCUGUUCAGAGAAUUGUCGAUGGAUUUAACCACUUUCUCUCUAACAAAUUCAACAAGUAUCCAUGCUUGUUUAAUGAACUUGCCGACUCCCAAAGUCCAAAGUUUCUGGUGUUCGCAUGCUCGGAUUCCCGAGUGAGUCCUUCCCAUAUCUUAAAUUUUCAACCCGGAGAAGCUUUCAUGGCUCGUAAUAUUGGCAACUUGAUUCCACUUUUUGAUACGUUAAAAUACUCUGGAGUUGGUUCAAUUAUUGAAUAUGCAGUAAAAAACCUUAAGGUAGAGAAUAUACUGGUGAUUGGACAUAGUCGUUGUGGUGGCAUAGAAAGACUUAUGUCUUAUCCUGAAGAUGGUUCUACUCGCUUUGACUUCAUUGAUGAUUGGGUCAGCAUCGCUCAAGCUGCAAAGGAUAAAGUCAAAGCUGAACACAGCCAUUUGUCUUUUGAGGAACAAUGGAACAUUUGUGCUGAGGAAGCGGUGAAUAUAUCUUUAAAGAAUCUUCAUUCUUAUCCCUUUGUUCAAAGAGGAGUUGAAGAGAAAACAAUAACACUUAGAGGUGGAUACUACGACUUUGUGGGUGGAUCUUUUAAGCUAUGGGAACUUGAGUAGCAAAAUAUUAAUUAUGAUUUCAAAUUGCAUUUAAUAAUAUCUAUUUUGUCACAGUAAGUUAUUUGUUUCAUAAUUAAUAAUGUGUGUUUAAUUGUUUGUAUUGUGUUGCUUAUUAAUUACUUAAGCAACAUCUUUUUUAUUUAUUAUAUUCCAGCUAAUAGAAUAAUAAUAAUUAAAAUAAAAAUGUUCAUCUUUG